AUCUAACAUCACUUUCAGCAGAUUGACCUGUCUUCCUUAAAUUGCUGCUGCGCUGUCCCUUAGUGAAAGAUCAAUGUGGGAGAAGACACGAUUAUUUUAAAAAAAAGCAGUGUUAACACCUAUUUUCAGAUUUGUAUUUAAUGUUUUUCAGCAUUGCCAGCAUUUUGAUUACAGCUCGAUGUCCAUUUGGCAUUGUCUGUGCUGUCCCCAUGGUUUCAUGUUUUUUAAUUCCCUCCCGUUUCCCACUUGUCUCCAGAGCCCCAGUGCUGGAAUGACAGUGGCGGAGUGUGUCUCAAAUAACAUCUAUCCCCUCCCUCUGCAACAUGACAUCACAUGACGUAGCCAGUCACACGCUUCCUUUUCUCACUGGCAGAUUAGGGCACAGCCACUAUCUUCCUGCACUGUGUCGCGUGACCGAGGGAAAGAUUACAUUAGCUGCUGUGUUUAAGUGCUUGACCUCAGUUCAGCGCAGGAGGUGCCAGCGGCUCCGGGGGUGUCAAGCCAGAGGUCCUCCUUCAGAGCAGCACCAUGGCUAACCGUUUGUUUGAGGGCAAGGAGCAAGCUGUCGCCUACCAGAAGUACAGGGUCUCCCCCUCGCAGGAGCUGAUCGGGGAGAUCCUGACUUUCCUGGAGAAAAAGAAGGAGAAGCCCUUUGACCUGGCGGUGGAUGUGGGCUGUGGCUCAGGACAAGGGACAGUCCUCCUCACCCCACACUUCAACCAGGUAGUUGGCACUGAUGUCAGCCCCGCCCAGCUGGAGAUGGCCCAGACCAACAACCAUACCCCCAAUGUCUCUUAUAGGCAGAGCGCAGCCGAGGAGCUGCCCUUUCCGGACACCUCCGCAGACCUGGUGACGGCCAUGUCAGCAGCGCACUGGUUCGACCGACCACGGUUCCUGCAGGAGGCAUACAGGCUGCUUAAACCCCGGGGCUGCCUCGCCCUGCUUAACUACACCCUGGAUAUGGAGUUGCAGUACGGAGACGACGACUGCUCCCGGAGACUCAAUGAAGUCUGCAAGGAGUUUUAUGCCGCCCUCCAGCCAUAUCGCAAUGCUUACCUGGGCCCCAGCUCUGCCUUGCUGUACAAGGAGAUGUACGACUCCAUCCCCUAUCCAGAGAAGGAAUGGCAUGAGUGUUUCUGGGCAAAGCAUUGCGUACCUCUGUGCAACUACGUGGGCCUGGUGGAGUCCUUUACCAGCUACCAGGCCCUGCUGGCAAAAGACCCAGAGGUGGCCAGGAGACUGUCCCACGACAUCACUGACAAGCUGCUGGCAGUGAUGGGCGUCUCCUCUAAGGACACAGAGGUGGUUAUGUCAGUGAAGUAUUACUACCUACUGGCCUGCAAGCCUGCACUAAACUGAAAUAUCACUGAUCUGUGACUAAUGGAGAGGGACCAGUUUCUGUUGAGACACUAACAGUAGUGGUUUACACGCGUUAAAAUUAUAACACACUGCUGCAAAGGUAUUGACAGUGGUUUCGUAAUUUAUCUAGCACAUUAGCCUGAUGUGAUCCUACUACGGGAUGCCCAAAAUCAUGUAUAGGGUGCUAUAGACGUAACAUAAUGAAUGUGACUGGAAUUCAAGCCCACAGUGAAAGUGCUGAAAAUGAUUUGGUUCAGGGACUGUCAGGUUGCUUACCCCUUUUAAAAAUAGACUGUUUGGAUGAUAAAGCAUGAAUCUUUGCUAACCAUUUGCUAAUGAUUGGUAGUGGCACGUAUCCUUACUGACCUAGUGGGCAUGUGAACCCAAAGCUCCCAUAUACUACAUCUCCCACCAUGCACCACAGCAGAGUAGCUGUAACACUAGCAUGCCAUACACUAAUACAGCAACAAGACAGACCAUUACACAGGCAGACCAUGAGUGCAGUGCCAUAUUGUGCAGAUAAUUUCAGUAAUAUAGCUCAACAUGCCCCUUGAUACAGAGUUAUUUUGCAUACUAGAUGUAGAUGGCAGCUGAAUGGUACCAUGACGUCAAAAGUGUGAGGUUGGGGUCGCAAGAAUAUGAUGGAGAGACUAGAACGUUCAAUAACUCAUCUCCCAAUUCAAGAGAUUUUAUAAUGUGGUUAUAACACUGUUAUUACUUUGCUAUAACAUUAUUUUUUACCAUGAAAUUGACAACAGGCCAGUUGUAACCACACCAGAACCUUUCACCCAUUUGUUAUUUGCUAAGGAGGUUAUUUUUAAGCAUCUGCUUUCAUUAGCACGGCAUAUGCACCUCAGAGGAGCCUCCAUUCCUCAAACCGUGUCGCAUUGGACCUCUGUGCGGAACGCAUGUUUGAUGCUGCGUAAUCUUUCCACCCCAUUCUCGGGCGCUUCAGAGGUAAAUUCCUGUGAAAUGAGGCGUGGGGGAUCUGAGUAGCGUGGCUCUUUGAAGCACCGGGGGCGGAGGUGCGCUCGCCUCGCUGUGCGCAGCGGGUCCUUAAUCAGGGGCGGUGAGGAGGAAAAUGAGCCAGGAUGAUGCCCAGUCAGGUACGGGUCAGGGCGCAGGCCCGAGUUCUGCCACGCUCAUGAUUCACAGCUAAUUUGAAAGAUCAACACACAGGGCCCUGCAGAUGAAUUAUUUAAUCAGUGAUUAUGAUUUAUGGACCAGGUUUACAGGGCCCGGACCACCUCACGGUGAAAAUGCGAUGCCGUAAGUAUCUGUAGCUUGCGCAGAAUCCCUGGUGUCGCUGAGCAGAGAUGGAUGUAAAGUUUAUGAAACGUCAUUAUUGAUUCGUGUUGGUCAGCAUUCUGCAGCGGCUGGCUCACAUCAUGUGGCAGCCCAACGGCGUGUAUGAAAAAUGGAUUGAGCGCAGGGUUAAUGAGGAAAAUGAUGAAUUGCAAGUUUCCCCCUAAUUGCUCGGGAGUGUGUUUUCAGAAAUUAAUCAGAGAGGAUUAAUUCUUGAACCCAAAUCUGGGUCAUUUUUCACAGAGACAACAGGGCAUUGAUUCCUUGCCUUGUUUCUCCAAGGCUUGUGCUAUGGAAAAAUUUCCUCAUAUUUAUGUGUACAGCUCUUAGAGUCUGUGUUUAGAGACUGCUUAUUUUUGCAUGGCAGUGUUUUACUCUGCGGUUUAGGAAACCGUGUUCAGGGUUACUCUACUAACUUUGAAGGACAGCAAUCUUCUGGAACAUUUUGGUAAGCAAUAUAAUUAUGUGUUGCAAAUACAUGUGCGAGAGCCGAUAAUUAAGAGUACAAUGUUUACGUAGGAAAACAAAGGAAGUGUCAGAACUCAGGCAGGGACUCAAGCGCAGACAGAAAAAACUGGGCACACGGGUUUAUUAAGUCCAGAGGGCAAUCCAGAAACGAAGUCAAGGCAGGCAGAGUCAAAAAACCAGAGCAGACACGGCGACCAAAACCACAGGGCAGGAACGAGGAGUGAAGUCGGGAAAACAGGCAAGAAAACAGAACCGGCAGGCAAACACGACGAAAAGGCAAACGGCGAGUAACAACACGGCGAACCGGGACAAACCAGCAACGAGACAAGACACAAGCGGGACUUAAAUAGGGCAAGGCUGAUGAGAAGACGGGAUGUAGGUGCGCAGGCAGGCAGGUGAAGACAG